UCCCCCCACCCCAUUCUGGGUGUCUGAAGUGGAGACAGUGAGACCCCAGAGGCUGUGGUAUCCCCCUCCCUGCCCCUGGGUCAGCCUCAUGGGCCCAUCCUGCCCGGUGUCCUGCCCCAUCCCCAUCCCCAGGCCCCGGGUCAGGCCACAGAGCUGGGUUCAAAUCAUGGGCCGUUCCCUGUAGCAGAUAUUCUCCUGCUGCGUCGCAUGCCCUGAUCUCACCUGUCCCGGCCCCGAGCAGGAUUUCUGAUCCUGGGCCGGACGCGCUGUCCCGGAUGGAGCGAGGGGCAGAGCCGGAGGUCCCAGGUCCCCAGGGCGCUCAGGAGACCCCGAGAGACGCCCACACAGCGCGUGGGAACGAGGAGGUGACUCAGCCAGGGGUGGCGCAUGAGACGCUGCCAGGAGGAUCCGGAGGGGACAUGUCCAGGAGUCCGGAGCCGGGGAAAGCCUCCGAGGGGCAGCAGGGGAACCUCACGGAGGAGAGUGGGGGUGAACCCGCUCCCCACGGGGGCGACACAAUGGACCCGAGUGAAGCCACGGCCCGGCCAGGGCGACUCUACACCUGCCCGGAGUGCGGGAAAAGCUUCAUGCAGAGCUCGCACUUCAUCCGGCACCAGACGGUGCACACGGGCGAGCGGCCCUACCAGUGCGCGGACUGCGGGAAGAGCUACCGGCAGAACUCGGACCUGGUGAGCCACCGCCGGCUCCACACGGGCGAAGAGCCCUACCACUGUGCCGAGUGCGGGAAGCGCUUCCGCCAGAGCUCGGAGCUCAUCAUCCACCAGCGCAGCCACACGGCCGAGGCCCCCUACCCGUGCCCCGAGUGCGGGAAGCGCUUCCGCCGCAGCUCGCACCGCCUGGCCCACCAGCGCACCCACACCGCCGAGCGCCCCUGCAAGUGCCCCGACUGCGGCAAGGGCUUCCGCACCAGCUCGGACGUGGCGCAGCACCGGCGCACCCACACGGGCGAGCGCCCCCACCAGUGCCCGGACUGCGGCGAGCGCUUCAGCGUGCGCUCCACGCUGGUCAACCACCGCCGGGUGCACACGGCCGAGCGGCCCUUCGCCUGCGCCGAGUGCGGGAAGCGCUUCACCCAGAGCUCCACCCUCAACCGGCACCGGCGCAUCCACGUGGGCGAGCGGCCGUUCCGCUGCCUGGAGUGCGGCAAGAGCUUCAACCGCAGCUCCAACCUGCUGACGCACCGGACCGUGCACACCGGGGAGCGGCCCUACAAGUGCCCCGAGUGCGGGAAGGGCUUCAGCCAGAGCUCGGACCUGACCACGCACCGGCGCAUCCACACGGGCGAGGAGCCCUACGGCUGUGCCGAGUGCGGCAAGCGCUUUGCCCAGAGCUCCAACCUGAUCCGGCACCAGCGCACCCACACGGCCGAGACCCCCUACCGCUGCCCCGACUGCGGCAAGCGCUUCCGCCGCACCUCCCACCUGGUCAUGCACCAGCGCACCCACACCGGGGAGCGGCCCUACCGCUGCCCCGACUGCGGCAAGCGCUUCAGCCACGGCUCCCACCUGCACCGGCACCAGCGCAUCCACACGGGCGAGCGCCCCUACAAGUGCCCCGACUGCGGCAAGAGCUUCGGCGUCAAGUCCACCCUGGUGAUGCACCGGCGGGUGCACACGGCCGAGCGGCCCUACGCCUGCGCUGACUGCGGCCGGGCCUUCGCCCAGAGCUCCACCCUCAACCGGCACCGCCGCACGCACGCGGCCGAGCGCCCCUACCGCUGCCCUGACUGCGGCAAGAGCUUCAUCCAGAGCUCCAACCUGGUCACCCACCUGAUCCUGCACACGGGCGAGCGCCCCUUCCACUGCCCCCGCUGCCAGAAAACCUUCAGCCAGAGCUCCAACCUCAGCCGCCACCAGAGGACCCACGUGGGGCGCCGAGCCCGCCCGUGCCCCGAGUGCGGGGAGAGCGUCUCGCGCGUCUCCGGCCUGUCCGCCCACCAGAGACGCCACGCGGGGCAGGAAACGCCCUCGCCGCCCUGCUAGGGCAGCUGGUCCUCCUGGUAUCCAACUGCCCACCAGAGACACCACGCGGGGCAGGAGACGCCCUCGCCGCCCUGCUAGGGCUUGCUGGUUC